AUUGAAAAAAAUUUGUUGCCAAUUGUUACGAAACAAUUUUGGCAGAUAAAUUAAAAAAUCACAGAUCCAUUCCUCGGCAGUGUUUUAUUUUAGUUGAACAUUUCCAACCAACACAUACACACACACACGCACGCAGAACGCGAACUGGAGUGACCGGUCUUUCGAGUAAACACUGAAAACUGCCCGGUGUCGAACGGCGAACAUAAACAAUCCAUUUUGUUUUAAUGUCGAAUUUCACAACUUUCCGUACGCUAGCCACAAUCGGACGUAAUACGCUCGGGCGAUUUCAGUAUUGUGCGUUCUCGUAUCCAAAUCAAGUAAGUAAUUCUUAUCAGCAGUAAGCGUUGGUACGAAUGUUUUCGACGAAAAGUGUCCUUCUGUUCGUAGUGGGUGUAUUAAUAGCAUACGGAGUAAAUCGGUUCUACAGUCAGUCUACGACAACGCAAACCGACGGCACGAUGGAAGACUACAAGAAUGCUAAAUCGGUGUACGACUUCACGGUGAAGGAUUCGCAAGGGGCCGACGUCAGCCUGGAGAAGUACCGUGGCAAGGUGCUGCUAAUCGUCAACAUUGCCUCCCAGUGCGGGCUAACCAAGGGCAAUUAUGCCGAGCUGACCGAGCUAUCGCAGAAGUACGCGGAUAAGGAUUUCAAAAUUUUGUCCUUCCCCUGCAAUCAGUUCGGUGGCCAAAUGCCGGAAGGCGACGGAGAGGAAAUGGUGUGUCAUCUUCGCUCGGCCAAAGCGGAAGUAGGAGACGUUUUCGCUAAGAUCGAUGUAAACGGUGACGGCGCACAUCCGCUCUACAAAUAUCUCAAGCACAAGCAGGGUGGCACUUUGGGUGAUUCGAUCAAGUGGAACUUUGCCAAGUUUUUGGUAAACAAGGACGGUCAGCCGGUGGAUCGCUAUGCGCCUACAACGUCGCCCAGCAGCAUUGUGAAGGACAUUGAUAAGCUGCUGGGCUAGGGGGAGCAAACAGGAAGCCGAAAAAGUAUUGCAGUUUGGCAAGGGGGCUCAGUCAGGGGACAGUAAUGGUAGUUGUUAAGGUCGCAAAUGCACUUGCUUGAUUGAAUUUGCUUGUUUAUGAAUCAUGAAUUGAGAGAAUCAAUAAAAUCGUGUUUAAAACUGUUGGAAGCAUGUUUAUCAUACAUAUUGGUUUGUUCGAAAAGGAGAAGGGCGUGUAAUUAGAUUCGCAUAUUGGAAUUGGUAUUUGCAUAAUGGAGUUUUGGUAAACGUUUUUCAUACUUUGCACAAUAAUUCUCAAAGAUUGAUCAGUCGGCGAUAUGGUUCUGAUUAUUAAAGUUAACCAAAAAUUAAAAGAAUACAUUUUUCUAACUACUUUCAGAUUAAGGUGAACGGAGACGAUGCGGAUCCGUUGUACAAAUAUUUGAAGCACAAGCAGGGUGGAAUUCUGGGUGAUUCAAUUAAAUGGAAUUUCUCCAAGUUCCUGGUAAACAAGGACGGACAGCCGGUGGACCGCUACGCACCGACCACGUCGCCUAAGAGUAUCGUUAAGGAUAUCGAUAAGCUGCUGGAAGCGUAGAGAUGUUAACAGUAUAAGGUCAAACGAACCAAACGAUUGUAAUUUGUAAUCGUUCGUUGUAGUUGUGGUACGAGCAUUUGCAUUUGUGUUACGCUUCUCUAAACGACACGUGCUUCAUGCAUGUGCUGCUUCUGUGUAUUACUGUGUAUUCUUUUCAGCUGCUUCUUUCAUCUAACAUACCAGUGUUUUCAAAAUUCACAAAAAAAUAAACACUUUGUUCCGUA